UGUCUCUAACCAUCCAAUGCAAGAUGAAAUAAGGCUGCGGGUUGAUCUUGAGAAAGUCGAUAAUCCUGAAUUAAGUUUGCGCAAGGCUGAGAAAAACUUAGGAGUAGCUCCUGGUGAUGGUGUGUCUGUUGUCUACAAGAAUCUUAGUGCAGGGGAGAUGCUCCUACCUUCCAUUCUUCUGGGUUUGGUUGUGAUUUUGCUUCUACAAAAUAUUUUUCGUUCAGGAGGACCAACCUUGGUAUCACCGUUGUCCAGUCUCACCAAGGCUAAUUACAAAGAGGCAUUCAAGGAAGGAGUCUCGGUCUCGAAAGUGCCUGGAAUAACAUUUAAAGAUGUGGCAGGCCUGAAAGAACCAAAAGUAGAGCUCAUUGAGUUUGUCAAAUAUCUGAAGGAUUCAAAUAGAUUUAAGGUAACUUCUGCUUUUAAAAACUGA